UCGAACAGUCGACCGGCAAUGGACGGCCGGGAUGAAUACUUCUGCGACUUCAUGGAGCUGAAGCCGCACAAGGGCGGCGUCCGCAGCCUCCUCCACCUUCUGUGCUCCGGCGACGUCGCCGAGAACGACGUUGUCGAAUGUCCCCCUGGCACGACCGAAGACCGACCGUCGAAGUCGAACAGGUGGGUCAUCUUCGUCUCCGUCGUGGCACAGAUGCUGCUGCUGUGGGUGAAGACGCCUUUGGCAAAGCUCGGGGAGGCCGUCGAGUACUGGAUGAACUUCUUCACGGUCAACGGCGGCGGGGUGCUCAAGCUUAUCAGGAACACCAUGGAAGGCAAAGUACGAAUUCCAGACAGAGAAUCUCCCAACUACCGAUCGCUCAUCGGGCUUCUGGACACGAGAAUCGAGCUGGACGAGAAGAUCAAGCCAGAGCAUAGCAACUACCACGCUGCUCUCAGCAUCAUGGCUUCCAAAAUUGCCUACGAGAACGAGGUCGUCAUCAAGACCGUCGUCGAAAACCAUUGGCAGAUGAAAUUUCUCGAGUUCUUCAACUGCUAUAAUGAUGACUGGAGCUCGGACGUGGACCUCUCCUGGUACGAGAUCCCGGAUGUGGGCAGGGCACACGGCGGCUUCAUGAAGGCGCUCGGGUUGCAGCCGACCGGCUGGCCGGCGAAGAUCGACGCGAGCAAGGAGCGGCCGUUCGCCUACUACGCGAUCCGCGACGCGCUCAAGAAGGUCCUGGCGGCCAACCCGCGCGCCAAGUUCGUGGUCACCGGGCACAGCCUCGGCGGCGCGCUGGCGGUGCUGUUCCCGGCCAUCCUCGCCCUGCACGGCGAGCAAGACGAGAACGACGAGCUGCUGGCCAGGCUUCACGGCGUGUACACGUACGGGCAGCCCCGCGUCGGGGACCAGCGGUUCGGGGAGUUCGUGGAGAGGCACCUGGAUACGCCGGGGGCGAAGAGGAGGUACUUCCGGUUCGUGUACUCCAACGACGUGGUGCCGCGGGUGCCGUACGACGGCGGCGCGCACCUGUUCAAGCACUUCGGGCAGUGCGUCUACGUCGACGCGUUGUACAGAGCGCAGGGCAUGGUGGAGGAGCCGAACAAGAACUACUUCUCGCCGGCGUUCCUGGUGCCCAAGUACGCGAACGCGGCGUGGGAGCUCGUCAGGGGGCUCGUGAUCGGGCAGGUUGCAGGGGCGGAGUACGUGGAGGGGUGGGUGAUGAGGAUCUCCCGGGCGCUCGGGCUGCUGAUCCCCGGCCUGCCGCCGCACUCGCCGCAGGACUACGUGAACGCUACCAGGCUCGGCGCCGCGUCCCUGGACCUGCUUCUCCGUGACCAUUGA